AUGAAAACCUCCUUCUCACUUGUCUUCUUUAUCAUCGCAACCAAUGCGUUAGCCGAUGACCAACAUAGUUGGCAGGCCCCGGGACCCAACGAUUCUCGAGGACCUUGUCCCGGCCUCAACACAUUAGCCAACCAUGGCUUCCUGCCUAGGGAUGGACGAAAUAUCUCUAUUUCUACGAUCCUCAAAGCUGGAUACGAGGGGUAUCACAUAGAGGCUGAGAUCCUGACACUUGCCGCUAAAGUCGGCCUACUUACGUCUGACCAACCCACGACCUUUGCACUCAACGACCUCAAGGCACACGGUGUCAUUGAACACGACGCAUCUCUUUCUCGCCAAGAUGUCGCUCUGGGAGAUAAUGUCCGUUUCAACGAGACAAUCUUCUCUACACUUGCCAAUUCUAAUCCCGGCUCCGAUGUUUAUAACAUCACAUCUGCGGGUCAAGUUCAGCAUGCGCGACUGGCGGACUCUCUCAAGAACAAUCCGAACGUGACGAAUACGGAUACGACGCUUUUCAUCCGCAGUGCUGAAAGUGCAUUCUACCUGAGUGUUAUGGGGGAUCCCGUUCAAGGCGUCGCUCCUAAAAAUUUUGUUCAGAUCUUCUUUCGGGAGGAGCGUCUCCCCAUCGAAGAAGGGUGGAAAAGGUCUUCGGUUCCUAUCAACAUUGCCACGGUUUCUCCUAUGCUCGACCUGAUUACGGCGGCAUCCGCCCCAUGGGAGCCAACUGGUAACAACUGCCCCGGAAUCUUGACUUGA